UGCGGUGGAUGGGUUUAUCGAGAACGUUAGUCUCGUCGUCUUUGGUCGAGAGUAAGAUCGUGCGUGAGUGAUAUCAUGGCUGAGAUAUCGACCUGGCUCGUCACUGGCUCCUCGCGCGGAAUCGGGCUUGAGCUCGUCCGACAACUCGUCUCCAACCCAAGAAAUAUCGUCGUCGCGACGUGCCGCGAUCCUGCGCGGGCAUCAAAGUUGACCGCGCUGAAGGAUAGCGCAAAGGGGCAGCUGCACGUCGUCGCGCUAGACGUGAGCAGCGAGGCGAGCAUCCGCGGGAGCGUACCGGAGGUGGAGGGGAUCCUCGGAGAGAAGGGACUUGACUACCUGUACAACAACGCCGCCAUCACGGAGGGCGACGACUCUACGUUCAACUUUUCGUACGACGGGCUGCUAGACACGCUGCGGGCAAACGUGGCGGGGCCGGCGCUGCUGGGGACGGUGUACUUACCGUUGCUGGAGAAGGGCCGGCGGAAGGUGAUUGUGAACAUGACGAGCGGGCUGGCGAGUAUCGGGCUGGACUUUGGGGCGAAGAAUGCGACGUACAGCGUGAGCAAGACGGCGCUGAACAUGCUCAUGUACAAACAGGCAAAGACGAGGCCAGACUUGAUCGCUUAUGUGGUCGACCCGGGGUGGGUUAAGACAGACAUGGGAGGACCGGGUGCGAUGAUGGAGGUGGAGGAGUCGGUGGGCAGGCUGCUGAAGCUUGCAACGACGGCGACGGGGAAGAGCUCGGGCAAGUUCCUCAACAACGACGGCGAGGAGGUCGUGUGGUAGCAGCCGCAGACGGGCCGUAGCACAUAGCACGGAGUAGAGCAGCAGUAGCAGGCAGCAUGUAUACUCCUUGGCAGGUAGGAGGAGGAGGAGAAAGAGAGCACGCGCGUGCGAUCGUGCCUGCUAUUCUGCCGAGG